GGAACAACCCUGAAGUCAGUACCUCUUCUGAUAUCUAAGCUGUGGAAACAUGGUAUUAAGGUUAACCGGAAAAUCUAUAUUCUAACAAAAUGCGCAAAAAAGUACAAACUUUUCUCCUCUUCGUCCUGAUUUUAACCACCGAUGUCGUUCUUGGCAAGGCUAAUAAAACUAAAUCAUUUAAAACCUACCACAAGAAACACAGUUCUUUGAAAGAUAAACCUGAAAAUGAACGCAUUAAAAGAUCUCUGAAUGACGAUGACGAUCGUCCAUUUUGGCCGAAUAGAGGUAAAAAGCAAAUCGGUAAUGAACCCAAUUAUUAUAAUACAAAAUAUGACAACGAAUAUGAGAAUGCACAAAAGUUUCCUAAAUCUAAUGACAAAGUGAUGAAAGAACAACCGUUUUGGGGCAACAGAGGAAGACGUGAUAGUUCUCUAGAAAACAUGUAUGGAUUCCCUGUCGACUAUCCUAGCUACUCUCUGAAAUCUUGCGAACGCUGCUCAGACUUCGAUGAAACGUCUGAAGAAUUCAAAUAUAUGAAAGAAAGAAGAGAUGACUUUAUAGCACCAUUCUGGGGCACAAGAGGUCGUCGGAAUUCUUUAGAAGUUGAAGGAUCAGACGAUGAUCCUUUCUGGGGAAAUAGAGGAAGAAGGCAAGAAAAGGAACCGUUCUGGGGCAACAGAGGACGUCGAACAGAAAAUGAACCAUUCUGGGGAAAUAGAGGCAGGCGUGAAGAAGAACCAUUUUGGGGAAAUCGUGGGAGGCGUGAUUACGUCGAACCUUUUUGGGGCAAUCGCGGUAGAAGGGAUGAUACUGAGCCAUUCUGGGGUAAUAGAGGAAGAAGACAAACUGAUGAACCCUUUUGGGGCAACCGAGGCAGACGGGAAGAGGAGCCAUUUUGGGGUAAUCGAGGAAGGCGGAAGCUAUCAGAACCUAAUUGGAUCCGUAAAAUGGAUUUGAAAGAAUCAAUUCUUAACGCUAUCAAUGCCGUUGAAGAUGAUAUCGAGAAUCUCUCGCGGCUGAAGAAGAGUAAUGCUGAUCCCAAUUCGUUUUGGUCUGGGAGAGGAAGAGAUAACAAACUUUCUGGGCUAUUUAAUGGCCCUUCAAGAGGUAGGAGUAAUUUAGUAAAAUCGGGCAGAUUACAUGGACAAACAACUGAGCCGGGAACUGUGCUAGAUAACCGAAUGUACGUUGAUGAGCCAAAUUAUAUCUUAGUUGAAAGAACCGGUCGAUCUUCAGCCGAAGCUGAUGACCCUUAUUAUAUAUCGAGGGGUAAGAAAUACUACAUCAAUUAUAGUUUGGAGCAAGCAGCCAGGGAUAGACGCGGAGCUAUUGAAGAAAUCGUCAAAUCUGUACGAAAUGAUCCAUAUUACAUCGCAAGAGGUAAAAAAGAUAUUGACAUUCUUAAAAACGGAACGUCUUCAGCUCAUAAAGAGGAAUUUGCUAAAGCCAAGGAAUUAAUUUGUGCUGCAAUUGAUUUGAUAACGAUUAAAAAUGAUGGAGGCAAAGUAAAACGGGAAAUUGAUGAUAACGAUCGAGACAGGCGGACUAUAUUAAAGAAAUUGGCAGCUCAGCUACAAAUGGACCCAUACUUUGUGAGUAGGGGCAAGAAAAAUCAAAUUUCCGGCGACAAAGAUUAUCUUCAAGAUUUUAUAAGCAACGUAGCAGAAAAAUGUAACUAAGAAAUAUAUUUAGAACUCUUUGUCAUUAGAUGUUUUCAAUGAUAUAGGUACAUAUUUAUGGAAUUCGGUGUAACUUUAAUCUGUAGGUAGUGAUUUCCUAAUAGUGCAAUUAUAAAAAUGUG